UGUUCAAAAGUGUUGUUAAGCUAACGCAGUCGUUAAAGUGUCGUUAGAGAGUCGUUAAAUUUAACAAAUUUGUUAACUGUUGUUCAAAAAAUUUAACGACAAAUGUAAUGUUAAAGAGUCGUUAACUUUAACAACUUCUGGGAGGUCGAUUAAAUAUCUAAGUUAUUGUUAAAUAUGGCCGCCUUCAUGCAAGUACCUGUUCCACCUCAGAGAAAAGAAAGGCAUUUUCGCCUCAAAGAUGACCUUUCUUUGAAUUUGUCCAAUGAUGAAUUAAGAGAAAGGUACAGAUUUGGUAGAGAAGGAAUUAUGUUCAUUUCCAACCUAGUUAGCAAUGAUGUAUCAAGAAAAACAAAGAGAAACCAUGCCCUCACUGUGCCACAGCAAGUCAUGGUAACCAUGAGAUUUUUAGCCACAGGCAGUUUCUUGCAAGUAGUUGGAGACACAAUAGGUUUGCACAAGGGAACUGUCUCACGUAUUGUGUCUGAUGUUUUGAAUUCAUUAUGUGACAAACGGGACGAGUUUAUCAAGUGGCCGAGAAAUGUUGAUGAAACAAGAGGAGACUUUUACCGUCUAAGUGGUUUCCCAAAUGUGAUAGGGGCAAUAGAUGGGACACACAUCCGUAUCCAGGCUCCAUCAGAAGAUGAACCAUCAUUCGUGAAUAGGAAAGGGGUACAUUCUGUCAAUGUGCAGGCUGUUUGUGAUGCCAGAGGUAAAUUCACAAACAUAAAUGCAAACUGGCCAGGUAGCAGUCAUGAUUCCCACAUAUUCAGGACUUCACAAGUGUGUACCUACAUGGAACAAAAUGGUCGAUGGGCAAAUGGUGUACUGCUUGGGGAUAGUGGUUAUCCUUGUCGUCCAUUUUUGAUGACCCCAUACCAGAAUCCUGUACAAGAUCAUCAGAAAAAGUACAAUAGAUGCCACUGUUCAACAAGAAGUGUGAUUGAGAGAACAUUUGGGAGGCUGAAGAGACGGUUCCAUAUAUUACACUCAGAGAUAAGAAUGACACCAAGCAAAGCAUGCAAGAUCAUUAUUGCUUGUGCUAUUCUUCACAAUAUUUGCAUCUUAUUAAAUGAACCAGACAUUGAAGAUGAUGGAGUAGUGAUAGACAAUGAUGGAGAUCUUGGGGAACGUUUCUUUGGUAUCAGGACGGAAGAGGUGUCAGAGACCACAUUUCCUCCACAUUUUUUAAUCGCUGAAAUCAUGAAUAAAACAUUGAAAAAAGCUUUUUUCAGAAUAUGUAUUUUAUCAAUAACAAUAAUUUAAAACAUAUAAAAAAUAUAACAUUAAUAUGGAACUAUA